CUUCAAAUUAAGUUAAAGAAACCAAAGACAAUGGCUACAUUUCAUCAUUCACGGAGGUUUUGCUUCAUCCAUAGCAUCAUCACAAUCGUCUUCUCCUGGUUUGCAAACCUUACUGGAGCUGCCUACCAUGGCUAUGUGCCGAGUCCCUGGACUCUCGCACAUGCCACGUUUUAUGGGGAUGAGACUGCAUCUGCAACCAUGGGUGGUGCUUGUGGAUAUGGAAACUUGAUAACUAAUGGAUACGGAACGGAUACAGCUGCUUUGAGCACAACCAUCUUUAGCGAUGGUUACGCCUGUGGUCAGUGUUACCAAAUACGGUGUGUCCAAUCUCCAUGGUGCUACACAGGAUACACCACCGUUACUGCCACCAACCUUUGCCCGCCUAACUGGUCUCAGGAUUCAAACAAUGGAGGAUGGUGUAAUCCUCCCAGAACCCACUUCGACAUGGCCAAGCCUGCCUUCAAGAAAAUUGCUCAAUGGAAGGCAGGCAUUGUCCCUGUCAUGUACCGCAGGGUACCAUGCAAUGCUAUUAGAAAAGGUGGCAUUCGAUUCUCUUUUCAAGGAAAUGGCUACUGGCUGUUGGUUUAUGUGAUGAAUGUUGCUGGUGCUGGAGACAUCAAACAGAUGUGGGUGAAAGGGACAAAGACAGGUUGGAUCAGCAUGAGUCAUAACUGGGGUGCUUCAUACCAAGCUUUCGCAACUCUUAAGGGUCAAGCCCUCUCCUUCCGAUUAACUUCAUACACCACCAAACAGACUAUCACUGCCUACAAUGUCGCCCCUGCUAACUGGAACUUAGGGUUGGCAUAUCAAGGCAACGUCAACUUCCAUUGAUCACCUUUCAAUGUUCUGGCUCUUCAAACGCAUUUGAAACCGUUUGAUUCAGUUGAAGCUGGUACAUCUGCUUUUAAAUAAUAUUGUAUCCAGUUAGUAUUUUUGAGACUGUAAUGAACU